AUGGAUGCAGAUAUCAAACCAUUUUUAAAAAACAAAAACGAAUUGAGAAUUGAGAAAAAUGAUUCUAUUAAAAUUGAUGUGAAAAAUAAUGAUGGGAAGAAACGGAUUGAUACUGAAACGAAGAAAGUGUUGAAUGCUGAUGAAAGAAAGAAAAUUAGGGAGAGGUAUACGAUAAGGAAUAAAGCGAAUCGAGUGGUUUCAUUGGAAAUGCCGAAUCUUUUACAAAAUGAUGAAAGCUCCAAAAAGAUCUGCGACGAGGACGAACAUCGAAAAUUAGCAGACAGUAAAUCGGAGGGCACAAAAACGGUAAAAGAUUCAGAAAACAAGAAAUCAAAAAGGAGACCCGUGAUCACGACGAUCCGAUCUAAAAACGACGCAAAAGUAUACAAAACAGUUACAUUCACAGAUUUUAAAGCUGAGCAACGAGAUGCCAAGGCUCUACAAAUAAAGAUACCCACAGAAAAUCCCCUUAUAAGAAAAGAAAAGACUACACCAGUUGUAAAUGAUGUUGUAGUAAAAGAAAUAGAUAAAACGACAGAAUCUUCACAUUAUUCAAGCAGUAAAUCGCGAAAGAAACGCAUUGCACAUAAAACAAAGAGAGCAAAUAUACCUUCACCAGAUCCGUUUAGAAAAGGAGAAUCACCGCCUACAGAAGUGGCUAAAUGGGCACCUAAUUGUUUGAACAAACAUACGAAACCGUAUUACGAAGCGUGGGUUGACACGACUUUGGCAGCCAUCACGAAGUUUUCUGAAAAGGACAAAAUGUUCCUGGAGAAACAGAAUCUAAUUGAGAGUUUUAGACGCAUGUUGGAACGGCCGGACAGUCCAGAUCUAGUUUAUAAUCAUAUGGAUGAAAAAUAUCUUGGUAAAAUUAAAAUUAGGCAGAAGUGACACGGUUAAUAAAU